AAUAAUGAUAAUAACAUAAAAUUUGCAUAGCAUGACUAAGUCGUCAGGCUGGCUACGCCACUGGUGUCUUAAGAUUAUUGCUUACAUGCGAGCCAUGGAGAGCAUGCCAAUGAUAUUUCAAACUUCAACUCUAAAUUACGACGAGCGUUUCCCUGUCUAUUCAGAAGCGAUCUUGGGAAAAUGUAAGGCCAGCGAAGUUCGAACAAAGUUUGCAGAGUAUGUGGAGAAAUUCGUACAGAAACGUGGAUGGAAAGCAAUUUGGAGUUGCGCUGAUGCUAGUGGUGUUGACAUUGAGCUGAAUGAAAAUUUGAAUGUCUUAGUGGAGGUUGUAAAUGUGUUCCCACAAAAUCUAUCCUCGGAAGUAAAUUUAUGCGUUCCAGUGGUUUCAAAUCCUUCAAUAACAUUCCAAGAGGCGCAGUCAUUAAUUCGCCAGCAAGACAAUUGCAUUCCUUUAACAGAGUUGUCACCAGUUUUUGAUGAAUCUGGUGACCUUGAUCAGACUGCAUUAGCUUUGGAGCAUGUCAGCUUCUUUUUUGAAAACCUGUGGAGAGAUUGGGAUUUGGAUGCUGAUGAAGAUUUUUGCUAUGUGGAUCGCAAUCUGGAGAACAGACUGCGACUUUACUAUGAUAUUAUGCAAAAUAACCUAUGCCAAGAAUUCAUUAAAAAAUACAAUGCAACAUUGAAUGAAUGCAAGCAGAAGUCAAUCCAUCUCCAAGAACUACGUAAAAACAUGUCAGCCAGUGACUCGGAACAGGAACUCGACACAUCUGAUGUGUUUAUGCUUGCUCAAAAAACACACGAGUUUGAGAGCAUUGUGAGAUCUUUGCAAACCAUGGAAGAUCCUCAAAUGAGGUACUUAUUGGCCUCAGUCAAUUCGAAAACGCAGGACGAAAAGGGCCAAAUACGCACAUAUCCUGUCACAAUGAUUGUGGCUGAGAAAUUGAUGGCAAAAAUGACCAAAUCAUUGUCAGAUGAAACAGUUAUUGAGCAUUUCACGUCUUUGGAGAAAGCUGUUGAGUGCAUCAACAAGGAAGACAGUAUAGUCCUCUAUCCUGGUAAUUACAAUGUUGGUUCUUUGGUAUUCGAGCAUUCCCUCGCAGUUGAGGGAAACGGCGACGUUACAGUUGAAUGCGAUGAAGAAGAUGACAGCUUUCUCACAACGCGAUCACCGUCGACACAGUUCACCAAUAUUAAAUUCAUUCACGUAUCUUCAAAUUCCUACCUCCUCGUGGUAGAGGAAGGCCAAGCCGUGUUGAGAAACUGUGAAUUUCGUUGUACCGCCGACGGUAUUGUGGUCAGACAAGGCGCUCAACUGAUAAUGGAAAACUGUAAACUGUAUGGAUCGAUGGAGGUUGCCGUAACGAUUGAACGAAAUUCUGCGGUUCAAAUACUGAAAUGCGAAAUUUGUAACAAAGAUAUUGGACGAGAAACAGUUGCAAUUAAGAUCAUUUCAAGCGGAUCACAUCCUGCCAAUGUUGCCAUUACGGAAAGCCGGAUAUCAGCUAGUCGAUGCAUAGACGUCGUUGAUGAUAAGGACAUAAAAAAUAUCAAACCAUCGAUCGACAAUGGCGUUCGAUUAAAACUGGAGAAAAACGUAUUCGAUUGCGGCGAAGUACCGUGACCUACGCACGACCCUCGACACGACAGUAAUCACGUAUUUAUAGAAACGAUUCACUUCGUUUUGCUAUGACAUUACGAAAUAGAACCAUAUAGACUUAUUUGUAUGCCCCACAUAAUGUUCGUACAACAUUUCGUGAACUGCAUACGUAUAUACUAGAGAGAAAAUAUCCUCCGGAAAAAAGUAUUGACGAUAAAAAUUUAAUUUGUCUCACUUUUCGAUUUACAGCUUUUAUUUGUUUUAGUUU